UGCGGUAGCGCUGCCCAACUACAGCGGCUCCAAGGCUGCCAUGCAUGGCUUCAUCCUCGCACUCAGAUCCCAGCUCAAGGACGCGUCUUCAAAGGUCAAGAUUGUAGAAGUUUACCCGCCUGCGGUGCAGACGGAGCUGCAUGAUGCCAAGAAUCAGCCCGACUUGAAGAACGGCCAUGCUAUUGGCAUGCCGGUGGACGAAUUCGCCAAUGAGGUCUACCAGAGAUGGGUCAAUGGAGAGGAUCAGAUCCCGGUUGGAACCGCUAAGCCCAUGUUUGAUGCAUUCGAGAACAAGAGACAGGACUACUAUGAGAGCUUUAACGCCGAGAUGGACAGGGUGCUGGUGUACUUUACAGUUUAAAUAUUGAUUCUUGAGUCUAAAGGUCUUUGGAAAAGUACGAUGAACAUAUCAAACGUCAAUUUAAUGAUUAAAAAUGCUUCAUGAUUCUUUGCGAACUCAGGAAAAAGCAG